AUGUGGAAAUUUUGUCUUGCUACUUUAAUCAGUGUAGGCUAUGCCUCACAAACCGUGCUCCGACCGGAGCUCUCGGCGUCGGACUUCACUACGUUCCGAAGUACAAAUUCACCCCAUUCGAUACGCAUCCGACAGCAAAAUGAGUCUAUCUGUGCUGCGGGCUCUGCGCAGUAUACAGGAUGGCUAGAUAUUGGCCCCAAGCACCUAUUUUUCUGGUACUUCGAAAGUCAGAAUGACCCUGACGCCGACCCGCUAACGUUAUGGAUGAAUGGUGGGCCUGGGAGCUCCAGUAUGCUGGGUCUCUUCGAAGAGAAUGGCCCAUGUCUGGUCAACAAGUACGGAAACGGGACUGUUCACAAUGAAUGGGGCUGGUCUCGAAACUCCUCGUUACUUUUCGUUGACCAGCCAGCCGAUGUAGGCCUGUCCUAUAUUGACGAGGGGUAUGAGGUCGCGCGCGAUUCCCAAGAAGCUGCAGUUGAUAUGCGCCGUUUUCUCCAAAUAUUCGUAUCAGAGGUCUUCCCCAACAAACGCAACUCGCCUUUCCAUAUCUCCGGUGAAUCUUAUGCAGGCAAAUACAUCCCCUACCUUGGGGCAGAGAUUGUGACUCAUAACCUGCAAUACCCCUCUGAGCCCCAGAUCAACCUCAAAUCAUGCCUGAUAGGUAAUGGCUUUAUGUCAUCCAAAGACAUCACUUUCGGGUAUUGGGAGACACUUUGCACGACCAAUCCCGGCGUUUCUGAGCCCGUGUUUAAUAAGACCCGGUGCGAUAUAAUAGCUGCAAACAUGCCGCGAUGCAUGGACCUCUACGAUACUUGCAACACCAAUCCUGAUGUUGUACUAUGUGAUGCUGCAUAUUCUGUUUGCUAUAAAGGGAUUGUCGGGUUGUACGAGGAUGAGAGCAAGAAGGGUGGCCGUAACCGCUUUGACACUGACACAAGGGAACCAAAAGUCACUGCCCCGUGCUACAUUGACGAGAUAUGCUACGAAGAAGCAGGCUUUAUCGAACAGUAUCUGAACUCCACCGUGGUCCGGGAAGCAAUUGCCCUACCGGAAGGGGUCAAGGGGUACACAUUGGAGUCCACCGCGGUGGUUGACGCCUUUGCAACAACACCGGAGGCGAUGAAAUCUUCAUCCGACCAGAUCAAUUUCCUGCUUUCCCAUGGGGUGCAUUUCCUGGCCUACCAAGGAAAUCUUGACCUGGCUUGCAACACAGCAGGAAACCUCCGGUGGGCUAACUCGCUUGCCUGGAAGGGACAGACUGAGUUUACAUCAAAACCGCUGCUUCCUUGGACUUCAAUUGUCGAUGGAAGGAAUGAAACCGUUGGCACCGCGAAAGAGGUUCGUGUGCAAUUAGAGGGCCAGACAGAGGCAACGCGGUUUGCAUUUGUCACAGUCAAUGGGGCUGGUCAUAUGGUUCCCCAAAAUCGUGGUGAUGUGGCACUGGACAUUUUGACCAGAUGGAUUGCGGGUGAUUCUUUUGCUUAG